AAACAAAUGAAACAGCUCUAUCAGUAUGUGUGUGUGUCUGUCAGUCAGACAAAGUCAAACUUUUCAAACCUUCCAUUUUCUAUAAUAUAUACCACUCUCCAUAUUCAGUGUUGUCUUGUUCACUUUCAAAUCUUUUCUGACUUGAGAGCCAUGGGAAGAGCUCCAUGUUGUGACAAAGCUAAUGUCAAAAGGGGUCCUUGGUCUCCCGAAGAAGAUGAAACCCUCAAAAACUAUCUCAAGAAGCAUGGCACUGGUGGCAAUUGGAUUACUCUCCCACAAAAAGCAGGCCUAAAGCGGUGUGGGAAGAGUUGUCGUCUGAGAUGGUUGAACUAUCUCAGACCUCAUAUCAAGCAUGGAGGUUUCACCGAUGAGGAAGACCAAGUUAUCUUCAACCUUUAUUCAACCAUCGGAAGCAGGUGGUCUCUUAUUGCGGCUCAGUUACCUGGGAGAACAGACAACGAUGUGAAAAACCAUUGGAACGCUAAGUUAAAGAAAAAGUUUUUGGUAACAAACACCAAUGCCACUGUCGAUACUGUUUGUCCACAGUUCACAACUUCCACUACUCCUCAGUCUCGAGCUGAAAACCGUGUCUUCGAUCAUGAGAACUCAGCCGAGCCUCGUGUUUUGGGUUUGGAGCGGACACACAUUCCAGUUCCUUCACCAUUGCCUUUAGGAUCUAAUGUCUCUGGUCUUGGCAGCAGUUGUAGUGUACCAUUAUCCAAUGAAGUCUCAGUCGUUUCAAACUCAACAUCCCUUGCGAAACAGGAAAACCAGACUCAAUGGUUUGGCUAUGAUGACGAUAUUGAAGGUGAAAAUGAAGCCCUUUUGCUUGAUUUUGUGUACGAAGAUCUCUUGCUUAGUAAUGGGUUUGUUUCCAGCGAAAUUGCCCCAUCAUUUGGCUAACCAAAGGAUCUCUCCAAACAACAGCACCAUUUCAGAAAGAAAAAGGAUAUUGAUUUCAUAUAUUAUAUGGUAUUAAUGAGUGCUAGUGAUUAUAUACCCUUCAAAUGUGGAUUGUGAUUUGAAUUUGAUUAAAGUAGUUAGGUGUGUAAGAAAUUAUGCAGAUUUUCAGUGAAGAACUCUACAUCUUUUAUUACUUUUUGAUUGAAAAAUGUUGAUGAAUGUGAAUGGGAUGGCAGUGGACAUGAAAGUUGCGUUGUGUUGAGGAAUUUCUAAGCUUAGAAAGAAACAAAACGAGGGGUCCCCAUCUGACAAUAACAAUAACUACAUAGAUGAAUCGUGAUAGUCUGUCUCUUUCGCCAUUAUCACAUAUAAAGUUGUUGUGAAAAAGAAGCCUACGUGAUUUCUUUCACAUAAGCUUUACGUUUAGUCGUUUACUGCAAAAGUUGCUGUGUUUUGUUGUUUUUUCAGU